AUGCUCGCCCUGAUCCAGGCCCUCGAGACCCGCUUCCGUGCCACUGCCCCAGGCCCCAUGUCGUGGACCAGUCACGCCAUGACAGAGAUCAUUGGAAAGUUGUCAGCUGUGGUUAGCAGUCUAUUCGGACCCGGCAAUGUUGCCUUAAAGAAACGCCGACUCUCCCAGCGUGGGGAUGAUGACCCUUCGUGGAUCGACGAGGAUGCCAGAUCCCGUCUCUGGGAUCGUCAUAUCAAAUGUCUUCACCAAGGACUCUCUCAGGCUACGAUGUGCAUCAAGGAUCAGCAUGCUGGUGACCUCGAUCGUCGGAGUGCGCAACGCUUCAGCUACCGGGGCGACAAGUUUGCGCAUCUGAAACUCGAGAAUCUUGUCACACUUGUGAUGCCAAUCACACAUGCCUCAGCUGCCAUUGAGCACCUUUAUUCCAGGGACAUGCUUGAACAGGCGAAACACUAUAACAAGACACCACAAGCCCGGGUUCGAUACCGCCUUGAGAGAAAUGGCGAAGACGUUUCUAUCGACCACGCGAUACGCCUGCUCGAGAAUUUGCCUUCAGAACUUGUUCCUAUCCUGGAAUCCUGGCACGUGGAUGAUCGUUUGCUGAGGACGCGAGAAGGGCUCCUUUUGAUGCGGGGGCACAACCGGUCCAUGCGAUCCAUUCUGAAGGACAAGCUAAGGUCAACGUCUUCGCCAAAUGCGGCGCGAACAUCCCGACACAGAUCUCGCGAUCAUAACCCUGACCAUUCUCCCUACAAGGCCCGCUCUUCUGUCGGAUCGGCUAUCGUAUCGCCGGUCUCGAAGCGGUCUACUUCUAGAUCACCACCCUCAUACAUCACGCGCCUUAAGUCGCCAAAUUCGAUGCGAAUGACAGCCACAAGCUCGGCAAGCCUCUUCACCCCGACCUCGCCGUCACGACAGAACACGGGUCACUACUUUGUUUCAGCCGGUGGCAAAGAGGCUGAAGACGUGGUAGACGAUGACCAGACAACCCAGAUCGCGGAGGGUUCCAACACGAACCUUGUUCACAGGGAGGCGUAUGAUGACACUUUGAGCGGCAAGGAGGCUACACAUUCCACUUCAAUCAGGCUACUUUCUCAUCGAGACAUCGCCGACGGGCAUCGAGAUACAGCCAGGUAUCUCCGUCAUCAUAUAGAUGAGCAGGAGGGGCAAGUAGAAAGCGAUAGCGCCGACGAGAAGCAAGAAGACCGCGAGCAUGACGUGCUCACUCGCCACGGUGCCAGCAUCAACGUCCACAUGCAAGAGGGGCUGCGAAAAUACUAUAGACCCAGUUCGCCAUUCUCCGGGUCGGACCUUGAUAAACAGCUCUCGGGUCUGCAAAUAAGCGACGAGAGGCAAUCGGCUUUAGAUGAAGUCGCACUUCGCAGGCAGGUCGAAGAGGAAGAACGAGAAUUUCUCGCAGCAGUUGCAGCCAAAGCGCGGCGGAGGCUGAGAAAAAGCGUGCUGAUGCUGAGAAGCUGCUCAAGACGGGGGGCUUGCGUCGAAGCCUCCGUCACUCGCCAGGGUGCCAGCGUUGCGCGUACUUUUGAGGGGACCGAACUCACCCCCCGCGACUUUGCUAGAGUUGUUCCUCCGACGGAAUGGCUCAACGAUGAGAUUGUCAACGGCACAUUGCUAUGGCUAGAUCGCUUCAUCAACCUUGCAGCCGGCGUCAGUGACGCUCGAUCAGCGAACAGGAAGUGUCUUGCACUGUCGUCGUUUAUCUGGAAGAGGAUACAGGAUGCUGGACCCGGGAGCACCGGCCGAGCGCUUCGCCGCUUUGGUGUAUCCAAGGCGAACUUUGGCGACCUCGACACGGUUCUGCUACCAGUAUGCGAGAACUCUCACUGGACGCUCAUUGUGGUCCGACCCAAAAUGCGGACCAUUGCUCACAUGGACUCAUUGAGCGUUGCUGGAUCCGCUAGUAAACUCAAUCUGGCCCAGGCUUGGGUUAAGGCCGUUCUCGAAGAGAACUUCAUCGAGGCUGAGUGGAGGGUGGUACGACACGAAGCCCCUCGACAGACAAACGGAUACGACUGCGGCGUGCACACAAUCACAAACGGCAUGUGCAUUGCUCUAGGUCUGAACGCUAUUGACACCUAUGCAUCAGAUCAGAUGCCCCUGCAGCGACUUCGAAUAGCUGCAAUGCUACUGAAUGGAGGUUUCAGCAAGGAUUUCGAUCUUGCCGGUCUGUGA